AUGAGGCGCAGCGGCCGAGAUCCUAAGCCCCAGGACCCUGGUUCCGGGCUCCGAGGCCUGCGCGGUAGUUGCCCCUCGGGGUUCCGGGCGGGUGACAGUUGCAGCAGCUCGGGGGAGGCGAAAGAUAGGCAAGGAAUUGGGUCUCCAGUCCACUCGGCUUUGAGGUACCCGCGGCCCGAUGACCCGGCCUCGGGGGCAGCGCCGAGCUCAGGAGGAGACAGCAGCCGGCGGGUGGGGUGGGUCUGGGCUGCCCCCUCCGGGAGCUGCCCUGGGGCCGCACGGCGAUUGUCACACCCGGCCGCCCCUGUCCACCGUGCGCUUCCUCUCGGCGCCGCGGGCCUCAACUGGGGCUCUGAGGGACGUGACAGAGCUCGGCACGCGGCGGCCUCUAGGGAGUUAGGGUCCGGAGAGACCCGCGCGUCGCCCCCCGCCCGCCCGGGGCCGGGAGACCCUCGGGAACCGCCUCCGUGUGUCCAGAGAGCGUCGGGGCGGCCGCUACUUCCCCUCGUCCUUCGCCGGAGGAAUCUUUCGAUAAUUCUGCCGCCGCGACUUUAACCGUGCACAAGGCGAGAGCUCGAAACAAACAUCACAUCUAAAUUAAAAAAAAAAAAAAAAAAAAAAAAAAAAAAAAA